GCCAGAGCGGCGCGUGGGUUCGCUUGGGUGACACAAUUAUAACAACUUUAUCUUCGCGGCCGAAACGCAUUUUAUUGUCAAAUACUCACAUCUUGGAUAUUGUACUCAGUUAUUCGCAUUCAAACAGCGGCACAAUAUCACUUUGUGAUGAAAAAUGUGACGUUUGAGGAGCUACCCGGAGAGCGCUUCUGUCCCCCCGAACGGAUUUACUACAUCGAAUCGCAUCUUUUCAUCCUGGGAAAAAGUUUUUGAUCAUUUUGUUUCCUUCAGUUUUCCUUCUUUGAUUCAGCGGAGCAAACCGUUCGUCCCCGCGUCGCGAUUUUCCAUGCAAUCGUGCGGUGUGUCGCUCGCCGUUGCUGCCUGCGCUGCUGCUCGGAGUCUCGGCUCGGCUUCUUCUAGUGGUGAUGAGGGAAAGAAAAUGGCGGCGGGAAAAGCGAGUGAAACAGAGGAGGACUUUCCGACACUGACAGCCCCGGAGAGGGACAGUUUGGUCGGGAUCGACAGCUCACUGUUUGGAUUUCAGAAGCUUCAUGAAGAUGGCGCCAGAACGAAGGCCCUGUUGAUGAAGGCUGUCCGCUGCUACGAUUCGCUCAUCCUCAAGGCCGAGGGCAAAGUGGAGCCUGAGUUAUUCUGCCAGCUAGGCCACUUCAACCUCCUCCUGGAGGAUUAUCCGAAAGCAUUAUCAGCAUACCAGAGGUACUACAGUUUACAGUCAGACUACUGGAAGAAUGCUGCCUUUCUGUAUGGCCUCGGGAUGGUCUACUUCCACUAUAAUGCCUUUCAGUGGGCGAUCAAAGCAUUCCAGGAGGUGCUGUACAUUGACCCAGGGUUCUCCCGGGCCAAGGAGAUCCACCUACGCCUGGGCCUCAUGUUCAAGGUCAACACAGACUACGAGUCAAGCCUAAAGCAUUUUCAGCUGGCUUUGAUUGACUCCAAUCCCUGCACUUUGUCCAAAGCUGAAAUUCAGUUCCACAUUGCUCAUUUAUAUGAGAUUCAGAAGAGAUACCGGGCUUCCAAGGAGGCUUAUGAGAGCCUUCUGCAGACGGAGGAUCUUCCUGCACAGGUGAAGGCCACUACCCUGCAGCAGCUAGGCUGGAUGCAUCACACAGUGGAACAGCUCGGGGACAGAGCCAGCAGGGACAGCUAUGCCAUCCAGUGUCUGCAGAAAUCUCUGGAGGCUGACCCCAACUCUGGACAGUCCUGGUACUUCCUUGGCAGGUGCUACUCAAGUAUUGGGAAGGUCCAGGACGCCUUCAUCUCCUAUCGGCAAUCCAUAGACAAAUCAGAGGCCAGUGCAGAUACCUGGUGCUCUAUAGGAGUGUUGUACCAGCAGCAGAACCAGCCCAUGGACGCUCUGCAGGCCUACAUCUGCGCCGUGCAGCUGGACCACAGCCACGCCGCCGCCUGGAUGGAUCUGGGCACGCUGUACGAGUCCUGCAACCAGCCGCAUGACGCCAUCAAGUGCUACAUCAACGCCACACGCAGCAAGGGCUGCACCAACGCCACCGCGCUAACCCACCGCAUCAAAUGCCUGCAGGCUCAGUUGAAUAACCCCCAGCUCAGUAGCCCACAGGGUAAAAGUAAAAUGCUCCCUCUUAUUGAGGAGGCGUGGAGUCUACCAAUCCCAGCUGAGCUAACCUCCAGGCAGGGAGGCCUGAGCAGUGCACCACAGCAGGCUUGCAAGCCCAAUCACAGUGCAGAGGGCGGGGGCUCGGGUCAGUCUCUGCCCCCUCAUGUGGGCUCGCUGGGCCAAGUGGAGGACCCGUCCUGCCCGGCCAAGAGGAGGAGAGCCUCCAGUCCCUCCAAGGGCGAUUCAUGGGCCAGUAAUCCAGCACAGCAGCCAGUCCCCAGCUGGUACCUCUCCCCACAGAAAUUACAGGUGCUGGAGCAGUUGCGGAGUAACCGGGCCAACCUGAAGCCCCCACAGCUACAAAUGUUGGAGCAGCUGGAGGCUCAGCUCGCCAUAAUGCAGCAGCACCAGCACCAGAUGAGACAGAAUGCCUCAGGAGGUCAGGUGCGCCCCUCGCUUCCCAACGGCCCCACCGCCAACUCCCUCCCCUCGCCCAACCCCAGCCUCCACCCCACGCGGCCCCACCUCGGACCCCACCGGCCCCUGUGCCCGCCUCAGCCGCUGGCCAACGGGCCCGUGGGCUCCGGGACACAUGGACACUUGGACUCUCUCCCUGUGGGUGACAGUAGUAACAGUAGUAGUAACAGUAGUAGUAAUAAUAAGCCAGGGCCCACGGCCACAGGACCCAACGGAGACGUGCCUUACCUGCAACCUGCCGGCAGCGGCGACGCAGCACUGCUACCUCACACCUGCACAAGCACGCAAACACAGGACGCCAUGCCGCGCCAGGCCCUGCACCUAAACUCCUCUCAGGGGCUUCAGAAGGGGUCUGUUCCAAAUGCGACAGGCUCCAGCAGUGAGGGGACCCUCUCUCACCCCCAGACCCCCAACUCCACCACCCCUGUGCACCCCAACAAUCAGGUUGGACAUUCCACUAAUGCCCCAUCGCCACGGCAGCAGCCUCAUAACCACCUCCCAUCCCCUCCCUCCCUCCCCAACUCCUCUACCUCAGGUGGAGCAGGACCUGGUGCGUCCGCUACCAAAGAUGGCAACACCACAGCGGCGUCCCUCGGCAACGGGGGCUCCGAGGGCAAAACGCCAUUGCCGCUGCCGUCAGCUGACGGCAAAAUGGCGCAGGCAGACGGCCUAGCCAAUCACGUCCACUCGGGGGAUGGCGGCAAGGCGGCAGAAAGUGGCGAGAAGCCGAGCCUUAGCGCAGACAAUCCUAGGCUAUCUGCCCUGCUGGCGGGGGGGAAGGGCCCUGAGGAGAGCGAGGGGCUGUCAGAAGGGACUGCAUCCACAGCAGCCGCCACGCCAGAGUCCCACAAGAAAGUCAAUAACAUUCACCCCGCCGUCCUGCCCUCCACCCCCCACGCACAGGGCAGCUCGGCUGCCUCCUCGCCCAUCUCUGCCAUAUCCACCGCCACACCGUCACCCAAAUCCUCAGAACACACCCAAGCAGGCGCCCACAGUCCCACCACCACCACCACCACUAACACCACCUCCACCACCACGUUGUCUACUGCACCCGCCGUUAACGGCAACGGCAAGGGAGGCAUCUCGGAGGACUCUCAAAGCCCGCUGAAGGCUGAGCCACCCACCGUCACCAGUCUCAAAGCUACGCCUCCACACGGACACGGCUCCUCGUCUUCAUCGUCAUCAUCUUCGAUAUCCAUCUACCCCAGCUCCACAGACGUGCUGAAGGCCUGCAGAAACCUGGGGAAGAACGGUCUUUCCAACAGCAGUAUACUCCUCGAUAAGUGCCCCCCGCCACGGCUGCCCCCUCCGCCCUCGCCAGCCCUGCCCAAAGACAAGCUUAACCCCCCCACGCCCAGCAUCUACCUGGAGAACAAGAGGGAUGCUUUCUUCCCCCCACUGCACCAAUUCUGCACAAACCCCUCCAACCCCGUCACUGUCAUCAGAGGCCUGGCUGGAGCUCUCAAACUGGAUCUGGGUCUGUUCUCCACGAAGACGCUGGUCGAGGCCAACCCGGAGCACCUGGUGGAGGUCUGGACUCAGCUCUCGCAGCCCGCCGACGAGAACUGGGACCCGACGGGCACCAAGAAAAUGUGGCGCUGCGAAAGCGCCCGCGCCCACACGACCAUCGCCAAAUAUGCCCAGUAUCAGGCUGCUUCCUUCCAGGAAUCCCUUCGGGAGGAGAAUGAAAAGAAGGCACUAAAGGAGCCCUCGGACACAGAGCCAGCGUCAGCAGAGAGUGCUGCACGCAAACGAAGAGGGCCCUUGAAACACAUAAAGUUUGGAACCAACAUCGACGUGUCGGACGAAAGAAAGUGGAAACAGCAACUCCAGGAGCUGAGCAAACUCCCGGCCUUCGCUCGAGUCGUGUCGGCCGGCAACCUGCUGAGCCACGUGGGCCACACCAUCCUGGGCAUGAACACGGUGCAGCUGUACAUGAAGGUGCCUGGCAGCAGGAUACCAGGUCACCAGGAACACAACAACUUCUGUGCCGUCAACAUCAACAUCGGACCAGGAGACUGUGAGUGGUUUGCUGUGCCGGAGCCCUACUGGGGAGUGAUGAGCAACUUCUGUGAAAAGAACAACAUCAACUUCCUGAUGGGCUCGUGGUGGCCCAACCUGGAGGACCUGUACGAGGCCGACGUGCCCGUCUACCGGUUCAUCCAGCGGCCGGGCGACUUGGUGUGGCUCAACACGGGCACCGUCCACUGGGUGCAGGCUAUCGGCUGGUGCAACAACAUCGCCUGGAACGUAGGACCUCUCACCGCCCACCAGUACAAGCUGGCUGUGGAGCGAUACGAGUGGAAUAAGCUCCAGAGCGUCAAAUCCAUGGUUCCCAUGGUGCACCUCUCCUGGAACAUGGCACGCAACAUCAAAGUGUCCGACCACAAGCUGUUUGAGAUGAUCAAGUACUGCUUGCUGCGGACGUUGAAGCAGUGCCAGUGGGUGAAGGAAGCCUUGGCGUCGGCCGGCAAGGAAACGGUGCUGAGGCCGAGGACCAGGGACGAGCCGGCCCACUACUGCACCAUCUGCGAGGUGGAGGUGUUCAACCUGCUUUUCGUGCGCCGGGAGCUGCUGUCCAAGAAGCAGUACGUGGUCCACUGCCAGGACUGCGCCCGCAAAGGCAGCGCCACGCUGGACGACUUUGUGGUGCUGGAGCAGCACAGGAUGGACGACUUGAUGCAGGUCUACGACCAGUUCACAUUAGUAAGUCAUCGGAGCAAGGGAGGGGACGGACCUAAAGCACUCGUUUCUUGUGUGAACUGAAAAAAAAAAAUGAGCACGUGAUAUGACUUUUUCUUUCACAUAUAUUGUGGAAUUAAUUUAUGUGCUACUUGUGCUGAUGGCAUCCAAAUAAAACCCAGUGAUCAAGUGAUUUUUUUUUUUUUUUUUUUUAUGUUUGGACUUAACAGCAGGUUUUCUAGGGCUGCCUUCCCAUUUAGGAUUGCACGACUUACAAGAAGUGAUUUUUGACGAGUUAGCCUAAAGCUAGAUGUUUAAAUUCGACACUUUAUUUCAUUUCAUGCCAACAGAAACACGUACAGCUGUUAUAUGUGUGUAUUAACAAUGAGGGAAGUUACUCCAGAGGCCUCACGUUGAUGAACUGAGUGGCCUCGCUGACUCUCUUGUCUCAACUUUCCUCCUCAGGCCCCUCCUCUUCAUUCAUCUUCAUCUUGACAUUAGGUGACUCCUCUUACCUUCUUCUGCUGUGGAGCCAUGAAAACGCCCAUUUACAGGAACUUGUAUUAAGAUUUUUUAAAAAAGGAGAAAAAAAAACAUCUACAUACACGGACCAUUUCUGAUAUUCAGGAAAGCCAAGGCCGUCUCCCCCCCCCUCCCACAAUCCACCCCCUUACACCCCACUCUCACCACCGCCCCCCCUCCCACCACCGCCCCCCCUCCCAUAUGGCUGGUCUCCAUAGCGACGGCUGGAGGCUGAGGCGGCCGAGUGUGUCUGUCUAUGCAACCUGUUUGAAGCGCCGGGGCUCGGGGCCUCUUCCAGAAGGGGGCGCCAACCUAGCUCGAUAACGGGACUCGUUUUCUCUCUUUUCCCUUCCUCCCCCUCCCCAGCCCCCUCUAGAGACAAUGGUUCAGCCCUGUUUUAAUGGAGGACUCAAUCAAAUACGGUUGGGAACGGGGGGGAUGAGGGGGAGGAGUGGGAUUCUUAACGCGUGAUUAAAAAUGUUUUGUAGAUACUUGUUAACUGUCACAACUGGCAACACCACCCGUAAAAAGACUACUGACUUGACUACCCUUCUUCCCUCUCUGUCCCUUUUUUUUCUUCUCGUUUUCUAUUCUGGUAACAGGAUGAAAUGUUGGCUUUGAUUUGUAGAACUUUCCCCAAAUUUUCUUCGGUUAUUUCCUUCUUAAGGAGCACUAGCCUAACUGGUCUUUUUUCUAUGGUAGAUAGUAAUUUUAAGACUCUUUGGACAGCAAAAUCUCCAAAAAAAUUUGUAAUGUGAAGAAUUUAGAUGAUUUUUUUUCUUUCUUCCUCCUUUAUUUUUUUUUUUUUUACAGCUUUUAUGUUUUAUCUUUUGUCUUGUUCUUUUCAAAACUGUUUCUGUUUCUUAGGUAAAAAAAUAUAUAUAUAAAAAAAAUUGAAAAAAAACAUACUAGCCAAGUCACAAAGAAAAUGGGUUGCACAUAGACUUAUGGAAUUAAGUUUAAUUUGUGAUUUUUUUUGUUUCGUUAUGUUUCUAAUCUUGAUGUAAAUUUACACUAUUUAUAAAUACAUAUUUAUUGCUUGAAAAUAUUUGUUGAUGGAAUGCUGUUAUUUUUUCCAGAGUACCUGCCAUUAAAUUUGAAGGAGUUUUGUCAUUUUAACACAACUCCUCUUACAUUUUCUAUAUAUAAAUAAAAUUGCUUAGCAAGCAUUGUACAGAAACGGACAUUUAAAAUUGUUUUAUUGUUUGAAGAAUGUUUUAUGAUGAGUCAAUAAACACAAAGUUGUCAAAUUA